AGCUAUCCAUAAGCCACCUUUAUGGCCUUUCAACGUUUUGCAGUUCCCUUUGUCCAAUUAUGUCUACCUCUUUCAGAAAGCUAUAGCUUAGGUAUCUUGUCAAAUUGUUUUUUCCUUUGGCAUUUCCAACCCGGAUUAUUAUCUGGGGGGGGGGGGGAAGACUACAAAUGUCUACCAUAUUUGUAGCACUUCUGGAGCACAGUACGAGAAACAAGACACUAGUAAAAAUGUAACUGUGUUUCUGUGAACCCUCUCCCAUGCGUGCAGUGCCCUAUGCGCAGGCUCAACAGGGCACCCACAAUGCCGUUGUGUAGCCAGGCAGAUGGCUUGCUCAAUGAGACUAGGAGAUCCUGCUCCACUUGCCCCCUUACCAUCCUGAUGGUUGAGAAACUCAACAAUGUUGUCUGACAAGAAAAACAAACCUCAGUUGUUUGAUGUACCUUACUCCAGGGGCCACAUCCCCAGUACCUCUGUGGUACCAGACAGCUCUCCAGGCAAUGAGGGAAUAAUCUCUGGUGACCGUGUCAGUCCACUGGGGAACUGCACCCAGCUGAACUCCUUGUAUUAAAAAUGCCUUGAAAUGCUAGUGGGAUACUGUUUUCAGCUGCCUUGACUCCAGCUGCAAGCUUAUGACCCAUCUCCGGAAUACCCACAAUUCUAGCAAGCCUAGGCAUCUGUUGUCAGCGGUGCAUGCAUAGCCACCUCAAGGUGGGUUAAUGAGGUGGCUAACGUUAAUAGAGACUCCAGCUUCAGGCCAAUGACCCGUCACCUGCUUGUUGUGAGGGAGCUCUUUUCUGAGGCACUGUUGACACCUUGUAUUAACAUUGUCUCAAGUGAUCCCAUCGCAAGUGGACAUCUGAGAUGCAUAGCUGUUCACACCUGGCAUUAUGGAUGUUUGACCCCAUUCACAACUAAGUGCUGUCCACCGAUGAUCAUAUCACCCAGGACGCAUAUUAAUGCCAGGUGUGAACAGGGCAUGAGAUCCCAAUUUGAGAGGAUGGAUGUGUUUUCUCUGGCUUGCUCCUUGGUGAGAACAUGCACGAGCAGGUCAUCCAUAUAUGGAAGUAUCCUGAUACUAGUGAGAAACAGAGGAAACAGUCACCUGUAUGCCCCAUGUGACUUUGAAUUGGAAUGCCUUGGUCCUUGGUGAGAGAACAUGCAGAAUUAGGCCGUCCAGAUAUGGCAGUAUCCUGAUGCCAGUGGCGAUCAGAGGAAACAAGGUCACCUGUAUGCACCUUGUGGAAAAAUAGGAUUUAUAUUGGAAUGCAUGACAUUGGAAAGUGCUGCACAGAUAAACCAGUCCAGCUACACAGCCUGAACACCUGGCACUCAAAGCAUAUGAAAUGGGAGGGUCUUCAGGACCCAAUUCAAGUUGAACUUGGACCACACCCUGUUUUGAACUUCAGAAGUAACUCCUUGCUGUUGGAGCACAGGUUCCCAGUCCUGUUUCUGGAGACCCCCCUUCCCUGCAUAUUUUAGUGUUCACCCUGCUCUAACACACCCACUUCAACUCCAGAAGGGCUGUUAAUUAGCUGAUUAGUUGAAUCAGAUGUGUAGGGAAAACACUAUAAAGCAAAUGACAGGGAAUACUCCAGGACCAGGGUUGGGAAUGUUUGUUAAAUGUUGCCAGUAUCAAACAUGGCAAAAUAAAAGUAGAAUGAGGCAAAAGUUUAAAAACUAGAAACAAGAAAUGUAUCUACUCUUUUUUUAUCACCUUUCAAAGAACCUUUAAAAUAAAUCACCAUGAGGGAAGAUUAAAAUCAGGUUUUGGUGGAAAUGGGCUUCCAAAGCUGGGGGGUAAGGAUUACUUGCCUAAGUCAGAAGUCAAGCUUUAAUGAUGAAAACUGAUGAUCAAGUAUGCAGAGUACUUGUGCAAGCAGGUAUUUGAAUGAUGCUAAUGUGAUGCAGCCACUUAAAUAAUACAUUGCAAAGGGUCCAUCUUGUCUGCUUGACAUUGGAACUGAGGUCUUUGAUGGAAAUAAUGGAUAAUUAAGCAGAUGAAUGGAGACAGUGGAUGGAAAUGGAAUGGAAAUAAACAAUGAGCACAGUUUUAAGUGUCUGUUAUUCUCUCACUAUUUCACAUACAAGUAAACAGUUAAAAGGUCUAGAUUUUGAUUUUAUGUGUGGCAUUUGCAUUUGGAAUCUGUUCUUGUUAACUCUCAAUAUCAAGUCCAAAGGGCUGUGACUGCCAGUGAAACAAGUCAUCGUUAGGUUGAAAAUCAAAACAAGUCCAUCAGAGAGAUAGGAAAAACUUUAGGUCUGACUGAAUUUGGUACUGUUUGGUACACUCUUAUAAAGAAAGAGCACAUUGGUGAGCUUAGGAAUGCCAAAAGGCCCAGAAGACCACAGAAAACAACUGUGGUAGAAAAACAAAAGCCCUUUCACAAUAGUUGGCCAAAUCAAGAACACCCUCAAGGAGGUACGCCUAUCUGUGUCAUCAAAAGUCAACAAUCAAGAGAAGAUUUCACCAGAGUAAAUGCAGAGGGUUUACCACAAGAUGUUUGGUAAGCCUCAAAAACAGGAAGACCAGAUUACUGGAACUGGUUCCAUUGUAUUUAUUGAUGAAGUGACUGCUGACAAAAGCAGCAGGAUGAAUUCUGAAGUGUAUAGAGCUAUAUUAUCUGCUCAGAUUCAGCCAGAUGCUUCAAAACUCAUUGGAUGGUUCUUCAUAGUGCAGAUGGACAAUGACUCACAGCAUACUUCGAAAGCAACCCAAGACUUUUUUUUUUUUAAGGCAAAUAAGUGGAAUGUUCUGCAAUGGCCAAGUCAGUCAACUGACCUGAAUCCAAUUGAGCAUGCAUUUGACUUGCUUAAGGCAAAAUGCCCCCAAGAACAAGCUGCAGCUGCAGUAAAAGCCAGACAAAGCAUCACAAAAAAAAUAAAAAAACAGCAUCUGGUGAUGUCUAUGGGUUCCAGACAUCAGGCAGUCAUUGACUGCCAAGGAUUUGCAACCAAGAAUUAAAAAUGACAAUUUAAUUUAUGAUUGUUCGUUUGUCCAAUUACUUUUGGUUCCUUAAAAGGUGGUGGACCACAUAUAAGAAAAUAACAUGUCCAAAUAUUUAUUCGACGAAUGAAUUCAAAUACUGAUCCUGAUUUGGUUUUGCAAUUGCCCUGUUUCUUACUGAGCAUCCUUUAUGUGUGUAUGGAGGUGGGUCAAUAGCCUAGCAUUAGCAGUGUUCUUCCUGUAAAAGCCCCACCCUUCCUCUGCACCAGCCUGCUCUUCACUACCUGUACCUUUCUGCCACUAGAACACACACAGCAAGGACGCUCCAUCUCAGCACUUUUCUGAGUGUGUUUGUACCUCUGAGCGUGCGUGUGUGUGUGUGUGCGUGGCUGAAUUAUUGAUGAGUACGGAUGCUCAGAAUGUCCUGCCAAGGCCAUCCUGGGAGUGUGUGAGUAGGAGCGAGCGAGUGUUUAUGUCUCGGCAAAGAUGGGUGAAAGGAGUGCAGUGCAGCAGCCUGCUUACGAUGGAUUGUGCAACUACGCCCAAAAAAUCACCUCGUGCUUUGGACUUGAUGUGACCCACACACACGACGCUCAGCCCCGCCAGGAGAAACCUUCCAUCCAGUGCUAUAAGUGUGGCGAGCCAUGCAAGGGCGAGGUGUUACGAGUGCAGAACAAGCACUUCCAUAUCAAAUGCUUUACAUGCAAAGUGUGUGGUUGCGACCUGGCACAGGGCGGAUUCUUUAUGAAAAAUGGAGAUUAUCUGUGCACGCUGGACUAUCAGCAGAUCCACGGCACUCGCUGUAACACAUGUGGCGAGUUUGUGGAGGGUGAGGUGGUCACUGCGCUGGGGAAAACCUACCACCCUUCCUGCUUCGUCUGCACCAUCUGCAAAAGGCCGUUUCCUGCCGGAGACAGAGUGACGUUCAAUGGAAAGGACUGCCUGUGUCAGUACUGUGCUGAGCCCAUGUCCCCUGUCCCUUCCAAGGACAUCACUGGACCUGGCACCUGUGCAGGUUGUGGCAGAGACAUUAAGAACGGACAGGCUUUGCUGGCUUUGGACAGACAGUGGCAUUUGGGCUGCUUCAAAUGUAAAGCCUGCGGCAAAGUACUUACAGGAGAGUACAUCAGCAAAGAUGGCGCCCCGUACUGUGAGAAAGAUUAUCAGAUCCAUUUCGGAGUGCGGUGCGAAGCCUGCCACCAGUUCAUCACUGGCAAAGUGCUGGAGGCAGGUGACAGAUACUACCAUCCCAGCUGUGCUCGCUGUAGCAGAUGCAAUCAGAUGUUCACUGAAGGAGAGGAGAUGUACCUGCAAGGAUCGACAGUUUGGCAUCCUGGCUGCAAGAGCUCUACAAGAACAGAGGAUAGACAAAGGCCGACACGCUCGUCGUCCGAGAGUGUGUGUUCCAGACCUGGUUCAAGCAUACCUGGCUCACCGGGUCACACCAUAUAUGCAAAAGUAGACAAUGAGAUCCUUGAUUAUAGGGAUCUCGCCGCCAUUCCCAAAGUCAAAGCCAUUUAUGACAUCGAACGUCCUGACCUGAUCAACUAUGAGCCACUUUACACCACUUCCCUCGACGAGAUGGAGGAGAGAGAGAGUGUGGGAGAGACACCAAGAACCAUGUCACCAAUCCCAUCUGCAGAUAGUUUUUAUGACAUGAGAGGUCACAUCCUGCAGCGGUCUACAAGUCAGGGCUCUAUCGGCUCGCCCAUCUAUAAUCGCCACUGUUACACACCAACCAUGUCUCGCUCACCCCAGCACUUUCACCGGCCAGGCCCCGAGCCAUCCAGCGGGCGGAGCUCCCCUGGGGCCAGCACGCCCCCCCUCCCCCCGACCCCGAAACAUUUCCAUCUGCCAGAUCAGAGCGUCAACAUGUACAGGAAGCCACCCAUCUACAAACAGCAUGAUCCGGCUGUCUUUACAGCCGAAAGCAGUUCUGCAGACGACAUCAUCAAAUCGUCCAAAUUUCCCUCGGCACUUGCUCCCAGUCCUGAAGACGUACCUAAGAUAGAGACUGAGUGCUGGCUGUGUCUGUCCACCCGUGGUACCCUAGGCUCUGAAGGGGGGAGACGGAGAUCCCGAGAAGAGGAUGAGGAGGAACUCCAGAAACGCAGACAACUCCAGGAAGAACAUCUCACCAAGAUGCAAUCUGGUCUUGGGAAGCUCAUCCUGAAGGAGGAGAAGGAAAAGCAGCUGUUUCAAGAACGUCACGCCCGAAGUCUGUCUGCACAAAGACAAACAAACGGCAACGCAGAUCCAAAUUCCCCUGCCAAAACAGGCUCACUCCCUGGCUAUGGACGAAGCGGGCUGCAUCGCCCUCAGUCAACUGACUUUACACAGUACGACAGUUACGGAGACGUCUCUGGUGGAGGACGAGAGUUUCAGCCCUUGCAGGAUGGCCAUCGGCCUGUCACCAGAAUGGACAGAGGGGUUUCGAUGCCUAAUAUGCUGGAACCAAAAGUAUAUCCAUAUGAAAUGCUCAUGGUCACCAGCCGAGGCCGAAUCAAGCUGCCCAGAGAUGUGGACAGAACCCGACUGGAGCGACACCUGGCUCCAGAAAUGUUCUUUGAGAUCUUUGGGAUGGAGAUUCAGGAGUUCGACAAGUUACCUCUGUGGAAGCGCAAUGACAUGAAGAAGAAAGCCAGACUCUUUUAACCAUAAAAACACAUCAUACAUUUCUGUAAUGUAGCCAUAUAUUUGCUUGUAAUCUCUCUUUCUUUCUCUCGUGGGCCUCGUGUGUGCAUAUGGGACGGAAUCUGAAGUGAUUUCAUUGGUUUAUGUUUAUUGGUUAGCACAACAUAAUACUAAUGGUACCAUCAUUUUAAAUAAAAAGUGACAACUCAUUGCAUUAGCACAUACAGUAAGCAUCAGAUGAUCAGAACUUUGUAUUUAUGUCUCUUGGGCUUAUUUUCCUCCCAAAUGGACCUUUUCUUUUUCUGCUGGCUUCUUCCUCGGUAACUUCCUCUCAUGUAAAAAGAAGUUUUUUUAAGUUCAUGAUGAGUUCAUUGUUAACUGAAUGUAGUUGUAAUGAGCUUUCACGUAUGCUUGUAUGUUGGUAUUUCUUCAUGUAAGAUGUUAUAAGCACUAGUAAGUUCUCCAAUUUUCCACAUUUACUCCUUCAAAGUCUGCCACUCAAAUAUUCCUCAUUUAUCCAUAUUUUUGUCCUCGUCGUUUAAUUAUCAAAGCAAUGCUGAACUUUACUCAAACUCACAUUGUACACUUCACAACAGAAAAGCAAGCUGUAUCUGGUUAAUUUUAUUUGAACGGAAACCCGCACUGCCAUUUAUUGUACGUAUGAAUGAUAAUUACAAGUGAAACGAUUGAUAAACUGUGCGAUAGACAGCAACACCAAAGGUAUGGCCAUGCCUAAGAGAGCAAAUUCAGCAUUGGGUAUUUCUCAGGACUAAGGCUUAAUAGGACCAAACGUUUAUUGCUCGUGUAAAUUACAGUAUCAGACACCGACGUCAGAGCAGUUUUUGUUGUAGCUUUGUCUUGGUGGUCGGUCAAAGAAUGGCAUGGCUUCUUCCUCUCUCUCUGUCUUCACACUCAAAACCACGCACACAGUAACAAGUUCUUUCAGCUCUGUUUGUUGGUUGAAACUAAUUUCCCUGUUAACCCAACUGCUUGCAAAACACAAGGAUUUGACAAGCGACAAACAUCAACUCUUCAUGAAUGAAAUAUUUUAUUGAUGUAAAAAGCUUCUCGUUAAUAAAAUGCAGCAAAUCAGA